CACAGCCCGCACCCGAGCCCGCACCAGCCCCUACAAAGCCCCGCACAACACCAGGACCGCCCCAGCUCCACCCCGCCCCGCGCUCUCUGCGGGCCAUGCAGCUGUCCACAAGGGUAUGAGCCGCAAAGCCCCGGGGUCUCGGCUCAGCGGCGCCCACAGACUGCAGCCUCACUGGAAUGACUGGCAGCCCAGGUCCGUGCGCUGUUCCGGAGUUGACAGUUCCUCGUCCGCCCCGGAGGGAGUAAAGUCCAGAGAGCUCGGCCCGGUUGCGGUGCAUGGUGAAGUGCCUACCAGUGGCCUUGACCCAGCAGUGUCCAGCGAUGCCUGCGCUGCUCCAGACAAACGGGAAGAUGGUGGAUAUGGCGCUGGUUAUGCUGGUGAUACUACAGCUGAUUGGAAGUCGCUGGGGCAAGAGUUGAGGCCCAAUGACGUGACGCCGGACUCCACUCCUUUUCAGCAUGGAUCCCGUGCUUUAGCUACAAAGGACAUGAGGAAAUCACAGGACAGGGCCAUGGCUCACUCGGACGAGGCCCGGCUGUCCAACCUGCUGCGCCGAGUGUCCCGAGAGGAUGACCGGGACAGAAGACUGGCCACACUUAAGCAGCUCAAGGACUUCAUCAGCCACAGCGAGAGCAAGACGACAUUGGGCAAACAACUGGACAACAUCCUCAGCACCUUAAAUGAUAUUUUGAAUGAGAGCAGUAAACUCCUGUGGGAGCUGAGGCAGGACGCGGCCUCUUGUCUGGGUCUGCUCUGCACCGUCCUGAGCUAUGAGGCCGAGCGCAUCUUUAAGUGGCUCUUUGUCAAGUUUUCAUCCAGCACCCGGGAUGAGGUGCGCCUGCUUUACCUGGUGGCAGUUCAGAGGGCCCUGGAGGCUGCCGGAGAGAGGAAGGCCUUCUCUCAUGUCAUGCAGAUGGUGAUGAACAACCUGCAGUCCAUCCUGGAGAAUGUGGAUACGCCGGAGCUGCUGUGUCAGAGUGUCAGGUGUAUCCUACAGGUGGCACGCUGCUACCCACACGUCUUCAGCACCAACUUCAGGGACACGGUGGACAUCUUGGUGGGCUGGCACAUUGACCACACCCAGAGGCAGUCUCUGACACAGCAGGUGUCGAGCUGGCUGCAGAGCCUGGAGCAGUUCUGGGUGGCAGACCUCACCUUCUCCACCACUCUGCUGGGACAGUUCCUGGAGGAUAUGGAGGCAUACGCAGAGGACCUGAGCCAUGUGGGCUCCAUGGAGGUGGUGGAUGAGGACAUUCCUCCUCCCUCUGUGUCUCUGCCCAAACUGGCUGCUCUUUUGCGGGUCUUCAGCUCAGUGGUGCGCAGCAUUGGAGAGAGGUUUACUCCAGCCAGAGGGCCUCCCAUAACAGAGGCCUAUGUCACUGAUGUUUUGACUCGAGUACUGGCGUGUGUGCGCACAGCCAAACAGGUGCAGUUCUGUGAAUCAGUGCUGACUGCGGGUAAUGAGUGUGUGGGGGUCCUCCUGGCCAGUGUGGAGCCCUGUGGAUCCCUAAUGGACGCUGUCCUGGCCUAUGGACUGGACCAGCUUAGCUGCUGCAGGACCUGUGGCUCUGACUUCAACCUGACUGUGCUCAGCCUGCUCACUCUGAUUGUGGAGCAAGUCAACACCAAGCUGCCAGCGUCAUAUGUGGAGAAAUUACUGGCCCCAGACUCUUUGCUGCUUGAGCUCCGCUUUCACAGAGAGAACGAGGUGAUGUCUGCAGUGCAUGGGGUCUACCAGGCCCUGCUGAGCCUGAAGAACAUUCCUACUCUGGAGGCAGCCUAUAAGCUGGUGCUGGGGGAGAUGGCGUGUGCUCUGUGCAGUCUCCAGAGCAGCCUGGAGCCCGCUUACAACACACUGAACCCCGACAGUCCAGCACAGAACCUCCACCACCCAGCCUUCUCCUCCCUCAGCCUACCCCCAGAGAAGGCCCAGUUUACGGUCAUCUUCAACCUCAGCACCCUCACCACCAUUGGCAACACCAAAAACUCUCUGAUCGGGAUGUGGGCGCUGUCCCCAACAGUCUUUGCUCUGCUCAGUCAUGACCUGCUGUUGGUGCACUCAGAGCUCGCUGUGUUCUACCCUGCGGUUCAGUAUGCUGUGCUCUACACGCUGUACUCCCACUGCACCCGACACGACCACUUCAUCUCAUCCAGCCUAUCGUCCUCGUCGCCCUCUCUGUUUGAUGGAGCGGUCAUCAGCACAGUCACUACAGCAACCAAGAAACACUUCAGCACUGUGCUCAACCUGCUGGGGGCGCUGCUGGUCAAGGAGCACCUCUAUGCCGAGUCCAGGAGGCUAUUGCUGACCUGGGCUCAGGAGGUCUGUGUUCUCAUGAGGAAGUGUGACACAUACAGCCCUCUUUUCUCCCUGCCCUCCUUCACGCGUUUCUGCAGAGGGCUUCUGGCCAACGCUCUGAAUGAAGACCAGAGCCUGUGUCUACAGACCUGUACCGCCCUCCAGGUGCUCUCAACAGCCUUGUCCCCUGAGCUCAUGCAGAGGUGUGUGGACGUGUGCAGAGUCCAGCUGGUCCACUCAGCCGUGCGGGUCAGACAGGCCUACAGCAAACUUCUCAAGAGCCUGCCCCUCGACGUGGCUCUCGGUAACCAGAGCCAGUCCAGGCUGAAGGAGCUCUCUCUGGCCAUCCGUCAGCACCAGAGUCAGGGCUCAAGCAGCACCUUCCACCCCCAUGACUUCAGCGACCUGAUCAGCUUCAUUCUGUAUGGAGUGCUGCACCGUGGAGGCAAAGAGCCGUGGCUGGAGCGCCUGUACCAGAGCUGUCAGAGGCUGGAGAAGCGUGACAGUCGGGGGGCUAUGGAGGGCUCAGGGCCAGGCUUGGUCCCUCGGGCUCUGCUCAAGACUGAGGUGGUGCUGUGGCAAUGGGCCGUGUGGGAGGCCGCUCAGUUCACUGUCCUGUCCAAAUUGCGCACCCCUCUGGGCCGCGCUCAGGACACCUUCCAAACCAUAGAAGGAAUGAUCCGCAGCCUGGCAGCCCACAGCAUCAACCCAGAGCAGGAUGCAGGGGCAUGGUUUGGGGCAGGCACUGAUGGAGACUGUCAUCACUCCAACCAGUUGCGCUUGGCCCUCCUUCUGCAGUACCUGGAGAACCUGGACAAGCUCAUGUACAAUGCCUACGAGGGCUGUGCCAACGCACUCUCACCCCCUCCCAAGGCAAUCAGGACUUUUUUCUACACAAAUCGACAGACGUGCCAGGACUGGCUAACCCGAAUCCGCCUGGCCCUCAUGCGGGUGGGGCUUCUGUCCGGGCAACCUGCGGUCACUAUCCGGCAUGGCUUUGACCUUCUGUCUGAGGUGAAGAGCAGCACCCCUCAGGGGCCCGAGUUGGAGGUGGUCCUCAUGCUGCUGGUAGAUGCUCUGUGUGAGCUGCGCUGCCCAGACGCCAUCCAUGGCCUGGUCUCCUGGAGCUUGUCCAACACUGGCCGCAGCCUGGGCUGGCUCACCUCUGUGGCUCUGCAGGCUGAGGGACGGUUUGAGAAGGCUGCUUUGGAGUACCAGGACCAGCUGUCAGCAGCCACUGGAGUAGACUGUUCUGUCAAAAGUUCAGCUUCUCCUCUGCUAAGGGUGUCCAGCAGCAGCAGCAGUAGCCCCAAACAUGGCAUUAACGGGGACGGUAAGAAGACAAUGCUGCUGAAGACCAGUGAAGGCUCCCCUGAGGUGCUGAGUUUCCUGGCAAACAAAGCAUGUCAGUGCUACGUGGCUCUGAGCGACUGGGACUCUGUGAAGGAGUGGCAGAACAACAUCAACUCUCUAAAGCACAGCUCCGCUAACCCCCCAAGUAUCAGCCUCAAGGCAGACUUCAACUACCUCCAGGCCCUCAGCCACUUUGAGGCCGGAGAGCUCGAGGAGUGCAAGGCUCAGCUGGAGCUACUGCCUGGGGAGGACUGCAGUGCACUAUCCACUGGGAAGGACAAGCUUGACCUGAAGAAGUUGCUGCCCUCCAUGAGCCCAGACCCCUCCGAACUGCACAGGGCCAUCGAGGUGCAAGUUCUGCGCAGUGCUGUCAGUGCCAUGGGCAAAGCGGAGGCACCAGUGGAGCCACUGCCCACAGCCAGCCCAGAUACUCUGGUGCGCUGCCUGAAGCAGACAGGCCGGAUCUGCCUAGGCCCUCUGCGUCUCUCCACUCUGACCCUGUCUGAUGCCCUCCCCACCCCACCCCUGCUGCAGCUGCACUGCACCAGCAUUCUGGAGAGCAUGAUCACCUCUCAGGAGGAAUGUGUCAUCCCUCUGUACAGCGAGGCUGUGAGCUCAUGUAAGCAGCAGGACGUGCGGCCAUUCCUCCAAGUGCUCAGAUAUACUAUGUUCCAGAAGCGGCUUCUGCACAAGCUCAAGGGCUCUUCAUCUUCUGUAGACGGACACCUGAUGCAGCUGUAUCUGACUACAGUCAAAUUUGCCCGUAAAAAGGGCAACAUUCACCUGGCGUGGCGUCUGCUGAAUAAGUGUGCUGACCGAGUUUCAAGGGAAGGCCCAGAGGAGGAGCUGCACACCGCCCUCACACGCCUGUCUCUGGAUGCCACCCUCCAGGAGACAUGGGGCCCUGAGCUGGAGAUUGAGAAGGCCAAGGUCCUGAGAACUGCAGGUCAGUCCAGCACAGCCAUGGAAAUGCUGAGCAAGAUGGCAGUCACUUAUUGCAGUGGGAGGAAGAAUGAGAGCGCCUCCUGUAGGUCUGUGCUCACACUGUGCAAGUGGCUGCUGGCUGACUGGAAGGACAUGACACCUCAGCUCAAACAGGUGGUAAAGAAGUCUGGGAUGCUGAACUCCAACAGUGUAAGCAACUUGAGCCAGAACAUAGCUUCCCUGCUGGCAGUGCCUCUGGAAGACCAGGGCACUCUGCACAUCACCGCCGAGACGUCAGUCAAAGUGGGCGUAGGAGAGGCCGACUAUGUGUUAGGCCAGCUCUACCAGUUAUCCACCAGCCUGGCCCCAGAGAUGGUUAAGUCCUGGGCAGCACUGGCCAGCUGGAGUUACCGCUGGGGCCGGAAGGUGGUGGAUAAUGCCAGCCAAGGGGAAGGACUGCCUCUGCUGCCUGCAGAGAAGAAGGAGAUUGAGGAGCUGCUGCCUGAAGGCACCAGUGAAGAAGAUAAGAGUGCCAUCUUCAGUGUCUUGGGACAGGCCAUGUGUCGGCCCACAGGCAUACAGGAUGAGGACAUAGCCCUGCAGCAGGAGGAUGAGGAGGACGACCUGGUGGAUGUAAUCUGGAGGCAGCUGACUACGGCCUGCCCCUGGCUGCUGGACAUGGGCCAGCCCAUUGCAGAUGGUCUCAUCAGGGUGUGGAGGCAUGUGGUCGACCGCAUCUUUGGCCUGUACCGUGUCUCCUGUCAGGCCUAUUUCACAUUCCUCAAACUCAAUGCAGGACAGGUGCCUCUGGAUGAGAACGACCCCAAACUGCUCCUGUCUUGUAACAUCAGUAAGCAGAGCAACGAUGACUUGAUAGUGAUGGCCACUCUGCGGCUCUUGCGCUUGUUGGUGAAACAUGCUGGAGAGCUCCGGGACGGUCUGGAGGUCGGACUCGCCUCCACCCCAACAGCCCCCUGGAGAGCCAUCAUCCCACAGCUGUUCUCCCGCUUGAACCACCCAGAGGCCUACAUCAGACAGAGCAUCUGCAGCCUGCUGUGUCGAGUGGCCCAGGACUCCCCGCACCUCAUCCUGUACCCCGCCAUCGUGGGCUCUCUGUCCUUGGGAGGGGAAGCUCAGAGCGCAGGGGUCAAACUGCCGUCGGCCCUGCCCACAUUCCUGGGCAGCAUGCAGAGUGAUGGUCUGGGGGAGGAGGAGGAACAGGUGGACAGCAGCAGAGCAGAGCCCUCUGAGGAGCAGAACUGCAGCCCAGACCAGGCCAUGAUGCAUGACUGUUAUAGCAAGAUCGUGGAGAAGCUGUCCCAGGCUAACCCCGUCAUGGUGCUGCAGGUGCAGCAGCUGGUGGGCGAGCUGCGCCGGGUCACCCUGCUCUGGGAUGAGCUGUGGCUAGGCGUACUGCAGCAACAGAACAUGCAUGUGAUGAGGAGGAUCCAACAGCUGGAAGACGAGGUCAAGAGGGUGCAGAGCAACAACACCCUGCGCAGGGAUGAGAAGACUGCCAUCAUGCGGGAGAAACACUCUGCCCUGAUGCGCCCGGUGGUUUUUGCCCUGGAGCAUGUGUGCAGCAUUACCUCAGCUCCUGUAGAGACCCCCCAUGAGCAGUGGUUUCAGCAGACCUACGGAGAGGCUAUCAACUCGGCCUUGGAACGCCUUCGCACUCCCCAUAACCCUGCCAGCCCCGCCAGCAGCUGGAUACCUUUCAAACAGAUUAUGCUGAACCUGCAGCAGCGCACUCACAAGAGGGCUAGUUACCUGCUCCGCCUGGAUGAGAUCAGCCCUCGUCUGGCCUCCAUGAACACCACAGAGAUGGCCCUCCCUGGAGAAGUGUCUGCCUCAGACACAGUCACCAUCCAGAACGUUGGAAACACCAUCACCAUUUUGCCCACCAAGACCAAGCCCAAGAAACUCUUCUUCCUCGGCUCGGAUGGACGCAACUACCCCUAUCUCUUUAAAGGCCUGGAGGACUUGCACUUGGAUGAGCGCAUCAUGCAGUUCUUGUCUAUUGUCAACACUAUGUUCACCAAGAUCAACCAGCAGGAGCAACCUCGCUUCCACGCCCGACACUACUCUGUCACUCCCCUGGGCACCCGCUCAGGGCUUAUCCAGUGGGUGGAUGGGGCCACCCCACUUUUCGGCCUGUACAAGCGCUGGCAGCAGAGGGAGGCUGUACUGCAGUCUCAGAAGGACUCGGGCCAGCCCACCCCCCAGGCGAUGCCCUCGGUGCCCCGCCCCAGUGAGCUGUACUACAGCCACAUUGGCCCGGCGCUCAAGGCUGUGGGACUGAGUGUGGAGGUGUCUCGGCGCGACUGGCCUCUCAGCGUCAUGAAGGAUGUCCUGAAAGACCUGAUGGAGGCCACUCCCUCCAACCUGCUGGCCAAGGAGCUGUGGUGCUCCUGUACCACGCCCAGUGAGUGGUGGAGGGUCACACAGUCGUACGCUCGGUCUACAGCAGUCAUGUCCAUGGUGGGGUAUAUCAUUGGACUUGGUGACCGUCACCUGGACAAUGUGCUGAUUGACAUGACCUCUGGAGAGGUGGUGCACAUAGACUACAAUGUGUGCUUUGAAAAAGGCAAAAGUCUGCGAGUACCAGAGAAGGUCCCGUUUAGGAUGACUCACAAUAUAGAAACAGCUCUGGGAGUGACAGGAGUGGAGGGGAUUUUUCGGCUCUCCUGUGAACAGGUGGUUCAGAUGAUGCGUCGGGGCAGAGAGACCCUCCUGACCCUGUUGGAAGCCUUUGUGUAUGAUCCCCUAGUGGACUGGACUGCCGGGGGAGAGGUGGGGUUUGCUGGGGCUGUGUACGGAGGAGGGGGCCAGCAGACUGAGACGAGGCAGACCAAACGUGAGAUGGAGAGGGACAUCACACGCUCCCUCUUCUCCUCACGAGUGGCAGAGAUCAAGGUAAACUGGUUUAAAAACCGUGACGAGAUGCUGGCAGUGCUGCCACAGAUGGAGGAGGCCCUAGAUGAGUACCUGAUGCUCCAAGAGCUGUUGUUUAAGGGAGAGAAGCAGCAGGUCACCCUGCAGGAGGAGCUGGCUUUCCUGGAAGGAGCCGAGGGCCAACCGGAGCACCUCAUCCUGACACUGGAGCAGAGGUACUCUGAGCACAACCAACUUCAGUCUCGACAAAGAACUGUGCAGGAGGCCAUCCAGUCCAAGCUGUCUGACCUGGAGCAGUGCAUCAGUCAGUACCAGGCCGCCUUCUCCAGUCUGGAGGCCACUCAGCUGGCCAGCCUGUUACAGGACAUCAGCAGCCCCAUAGACCUGGGUCCUCCCAGCUAUGUGCCAGCCACAGCCUUUCUGCAGAAUGCUGGACAGGCCCAUGUGAUCAGCCAGUGUGAGAGCCUAGAGGCGGAGCUGAGCUCUCUGCUGCAGCAGCGCCGUGGGCUCCUACGGAGCUGCUUGGAGCAGCUGCACAGCUAUGCUACUGUGGCCCUUCUGUACCCUCGCAUCAGCUUAAGACGCCACCGAGCCUACCAGUGGAAGAGCUGGUUAGAGGAGCUCAUGAGGGAGAUGACAGCUGAGAGAUGUCAACAUAUCUAUCGACAAUACGAGGUGCUGUUUGCGUCCCAGACCCCCUCUCCUUCCUGUCAGUUUCUUUCCAAAAUGGAGCUGACCUUACAGCAUCAGGUAGCAGAGGCCAAUGAGCGCAUCCUGCACCAGGCGGAACGUCUGAAGGCAGAGGGAAGCAGUGCGGCUGCGUGUGAGGAGCAGCUCCAAGAGAUCCAGCACUGUAUCGCUGUGUUUCUGCAGGAGAAUGGAGACAAGGGUGCGCUCAGCCUAUCAGGAAUCGUCACCUCUGCUUUGUGCACUCUCUGCAGAAGGAACUUGGUGAUGGAGGGUGCUGCAGCCAGUGCAGGAGAGCAGCUUCUGGAGCUGACCUCUCGUGAUGGGGCCUGGUUCCUGGAGGAGCUGUGUAGUAUGAUGGGGAAUGUUUGUGCUCUGAGCACCCUGCUACAAUGUUGCCCCCCACUGCCCCAUGACAUGGAUCUGCCUGCCCCUUCAGCAACCAGCCAGACCAUGUACCUGGCCAAUGCAGUUUAUACCUGCCUACAGGAGUUGAACACAAACUUCCGUCAGAUCAUCUUCCCUGAGGCUCUGCGCUGCAUGAUCAAAGGAGAGUCCACUCUGGAGAACAUGCUGGUGGAGCUGGACACUUUGGUGGAGCAGGCGUCUGAUGGCUUGGACCUCCAAGAGCUCAUUGAGAACUUGCAAGCCUCUGCAGGACUAGAGCCUGAUGGGCAUUAUCUGCAUGUGACCAGGUUGCUGCGCGCUCAAUACUCUGAGCUGAUCCAGCCUCGCAGUGAUGGCUCUGUACAGGACCUACAGGACCAUACAAAGACCUCAGCUGGGCAGACCUCAGCUGGGCAGACCUCAGCUGGGCAGACCUCAGCUGGGCAGACCUCAGCUGGGCAGACCUCAGCUGGGCAGACUUCAGCGGGGCAGACUUCAGCGGGGCAGACUUCAGCGGGGCAGACUUCAGCGGGGCAGACUUCAGCGGGGCAGACCUCAGCGGGGCAGACCUCAGCGGGGCAGACCUCUGCGGGGCAGAUGUCUGCGGGCCAGAUGCUGCUAGUGGCUUUUGACGGCAUGUUCACUCAGCUGGAGACUGCCUUUGGCCAGCUCACUGAAAAGCUGAGCUGUGUGGAGGUGCCAGUCGCCUGGAGGAAGGUGGAUGUGCUGAAGGAGGCACGCGCUGCCCAAAUGCACUUCUUUGACAGCACAUCUCAGAGGCAACUCAUGGAUGAGCUCUUCUUCCUCAAGAGGCUGCAGACAAUCAGGGACUUCUUCAGACUGUGCUCCUCCUUCUCCCAGGUGCUUGCUGGUACCUACCCCUCUGAAGACCUGUUUCCAACCAACGGGCCAAGUGCAUUAGGGGGCCAGCCACUGCACCUGCCCCCCACUUCUGCCAGUGUGGCUGUGGUGAGCGAGGAUCAGAUGGUCCGACCUAUUAGAGCCUUCACUGCAGACUUUGUGAGGGAGAUGCUGAUGGGGCUGCCCAGUCAAGCCAUGGGGCUGGCUCUCUGCAGCAUGAUCUCUGCUCUGGGACUGGACAUCGUCAGCCACGUGGAGGCCAAAGACUUUGGAGCAGAAAGCAAGGUUUCUCUGGAGGAGGUGUGCAAGACUGCGGUGGAGCAGUGUUUGGCUUCAGGGCGUGUCUCUCAGCUGCUCCUGAACAGGGCCACAGUGCUGGCCUCCUCCUUCGACACAGCCUGGAAGAAGAUGGACCUUCUCCGCAGGCUGGACACGGGCCUGGAGAUAGCCAAGGCCAGCUUGCAGCGCAGUCAGCUCCACACGGCAGUGUUCCAGUGGCAGCACGAGGAUGUCCUGGGCUCCAGCAGUCAGCCUCUGAGUGUGAGCAUCCCCCCUCGUUCUGUUAUCCUCAAUAACAUGAAGAAGAAACUGUAUAAGCUGAGCCAGGAGGAGAGCGCCAUCGUGUCCGUGCAGGAGAAGCUGGUGUCCCUGGAGGCCAGUAUCGAGCAGCGAUUGAAGUGGGCAGGAGGAGCCAACCCCGCCCUGGCCCCAGUCCUGCAGGACUUUGAGCUGACCAUCAGAGAGAGGAGGGCCAUGGUGGCCAGGGAGAACCAGCGCACCAGCCAGGUGACCUUCUUGUGCUCCACCAUCUUGAACUUGGAGAGUCUGAGAACACGCACCCCAGAGGCUCUCAAUAUGGACGCCACCCUGUUUGAGCUGUUGAAGCGCUGCCAACAGACGUGCUCGUACGCAGCCCAGUUCAACAGCAGUGUGUCCUCCCUGGAGCUGCAGCUGCUGCAGAGGCUGAGCCCUGUGCUGGACCUCCCCAUCGGCAGCCCUGAUUGGCUGAGUUGUGCCCGCAGACGUCUGGAGGAGGAGUUGGGGGUUGAGCAGAGGAAACAGGAGGAGCAGGAAAGAAAGCUGGAGACCUGUGGAGAGACACUGCAGCUCCUGGUCGACUCCAUCAAGAGCAUUCUGUCCACUCACAACCGCCAGCUGGGAGACGUGAAGCACCUGCUCCGAGCUAUGGCCAAGGACGAAGAGGCCGCUCUCACAGAGGGGGAGGAGGUGGUCUAUGAGGGCUGUGUGAGGCACUUCCUGAUGGAGUACAAGGCAUGGCACGACAACAUGCAGCUGGCCCUGUUUACCGUGCUGCAGGCCAGUGGGCAGCCACGCAGCCAGGAGCAGCUGGAGCUCCUAGAGGAAGUGCCGGGCACACUCAAGGAGCUGCUGCCCCAGACCCAGAGUGUGUACAAUGGGCUGGUGGGCUUCGCAUCUCCUCUGGUCACUGACAAGGACACCACCUGCUACAGUCCAGUGAGCUCUGCUCAAACCACCUUCGCCACAGCCGUGCGGUGUAGCUUGGUGAAGACCCAGCCAGACUCCAUGUCCCAGAAUGCACGCAAGACCCUCCCACGCAACAUCGCCACACCAACUGACACCCCCCCAAGUGCUUUAGUGGUGAAUAAGGGCCUGAACCCCAGUCCCAAGAGGGCUCUGCGGGACCCCAAAACAGGCCGAGCUGUGCAGGAGAGGAACUCGUAUGCCGUCAGUGUGUGGAAGAGGGUCAAGGCCAAACUGGAGGGCCGUGACAUCGACCCCAACAGGAGGAUCAGCGUCACAGAGCAGGUGGACAUGGUGAUUAAGGAGGCCACCAGCUUGGAGAACCUGGCCCAGCUAUAUGAGGGAUGGACCGCCUGGGUGUGAGCUCACACUGCUUCUUGUCUUUGGUCCAGCGAAGGCUUGGAGAUCCACCAGACUCAUGUGGGUCUGGGGGCACAGCCGUACCGGAGCACACGGGGGGAGGAGCUGGGAGGCACCCCGCGCUCCUGGCACCCCUCGCCGGCAGCCGCACGACCCGCCACAUGAGGGCCAACACAACGCCCUCUUGGCCUGCGGUCAGCCCGUCUUUCUGGGUGUGGGUGGUAAAGUGCUGUGGGAUGGGAGAGGGGGACGGACUUCUGCGCCCCCCCCACACACCUGCACAGCCUCUCAGACGUACCCAUCAACAGUGCAUCCCGUUGGGCCCCUGCAGCUCUACUCUGGGCUCGGCCUUGUGGUUCCUGGAGAGGUCCAGGAGGAGGGGACUGAAGCUCAGCGGGACAUAAACUACUCGGACAUGUUUGUGACCCAUGUGAACCUAAAGAACAGGACUGUAGAGCAGCCUGCUCUGACAGAGCCACAGGCUGCUGUCUCAGACUGGACUGUCUGUAAGCGUGUAGUGUCCUGUUGGCUCAGUGCUAGUGUUUUGACUUGUCUCUUGAUAUAUUGCUUUCCUCGUGUACUCACCCCAGCCCUACUGCCUGCUUUUUAUUAACCUUCCUUCUAGUUUUACCUUUUUAGUGGGACAUUGGUUUGGUGCUGGUGAACACAAUUUCUUAUGAUUUUAUUGGAAUUUGUUUGAUGCUAAAUAAAUCUGAAAGUUAACAAGA